UUCGACGAAAUAUUAACGCGGAUUGGGACUGGAAAAUGGAAUUUAAUGUUCUUUCUGGCAACUUCGUACUGGCAGUUGCAGCUUGUGCCACAUACCCACAGCGCAGUGUUCCUUACGCCGAGGGUUUCGUAUACGUGUCGCCCGCCGGACAAUGGGUACACGAUCACCUUCACGACCUACGCUGCCGGCACUGUUACCAGAAAUACGACGGAGAAUUGUCACUUCUUCGCCAACAGUAGUGAAGACGGAGGCGGUUUUGUGAAGGAACCGUGUCGGGCCUGGGAAUAUGACAACCUUACCUUCACGAACACCCUUACCACUCAGUUUGACCUCGUUUGCUCCUCGGAUUACCUGCGGGCAACGUAUGAGCAAAUGUACAUGUUUGGAAUGCUGGUGGGGGCCCCUCUCGCCGGCAUUCUCAGUGACAGAUUCGGGCGCAAGACAGUGUUUUCUGUGGGGAUAGUCUCCUACCUCAUCCUGUCUAUAGCCUCUUGUUGGUUGCCUAGCUUCACAGCCAUCCUCGCCUCGCGCUUUUUCCUGGGAUUCCUUCAUCCAGCCGGUCUCCAGGUUGCCUACGUCUUAGCCAUGGAGGUGUGUGAGUCUCGGUACAGGUCCAUCGUGGGUGUUCUCCUUGCCUUACCCUGGGCACUAGGCACUAUCGCCUGGGGUAUCUGGGCACACCUUCUGCGGGACUGGAAGUGGUUGCAGUUAGCUGUCUCCCUCCCUGGCCUAAUUCUCCUGCCGGUUUUGUGGUUUUUGGACGAGUCUCCCCGCUGGCUCGUGACCAGGGGCCAGUUCGACAGAGCGCAGAAGAUCCUCGAGAAAGCGGCCCACUGGAAUGACGUCCAGCUGCCUCCCCCAGGGCAGUUAGAACGUCUCAUGAGGAAUAUUCAGAAGGAGACGAUUUUGGCCAAGGAAGAAAUAAUGGCGGAUCACGAAGGCGCACUGCCGCUGAGACGGAGAAUUUGGCUGGUCGGACUCAAAGUGUUUGUUUUAUUUAGAACCCCGAGGCUCCGCAGAAUCACGCUCCUCAUCUACCUCAAGUUCCUCAUGGUCUCGAUGGUGUUCUUCGGCAUCGAGCUCAACACCGGGCGAUUCACCAUCAACCCCUUCCUGUACAUGUCAGUCAUGGGGGUCAUGGAUCUACCUGCCUACACCCUCAUGGCCCCCAUCCUGGUUCGGCUUGGGAGGAAGGGGCCGCUCGUCGUGUGCUAUUUCAUCAGCGGUGCCGUCAUUCUAGGGCUGGCCUUCGUCGCCCCAAACGCGGGCUGGUUGGUGACUCUGCUGGCUUUGGUCGGGCAGCUGUGCGUGACGUCGGCUUUCCAGGUGCUGCGGCUCUACAGCACCGAGCUCUUCCCGACGGAGGUGCGGCUGAGAGGCCUGGCCACGGGAAUCCUCUUCUUCCACGCCACCACCAUGCUGUGCCCCACCAUUAGCGAGAAGAUUGGACCUGGCAAACCCUGGGCUCCCUCUCUGGUCUUUGGUCUGGCGGCCUUCCUCGCUGGUCUCGCGACCCUCCCCUUGCCAGAGACGGGGAGGGGUCUCCUUCCAGACACAGUGGCAGAUCUGGAGACCACGCAAGAUGUUAGCAUGAACAGAGCGGAUGGAAGUGUCACAGAAGAGACAGAAAUGGCAAAACUCCGUGCCUAGUGUGG